AUGCACGCAACCCACGAUGUCCUUGUGAGAUCCCUCAUCGUCCUACGGUGCCCAGCUGAGUGGUCAAGUUUUACUUAUCAACUAAUUGUCCCUACAAUUCAGUAGAAAUAGGCGUAAUUCUUAGCUUGAUAUCGUUUUACUAAAAUUAAAGUUUAUCGCCUUUCAUUUCAUUUAGCUUAAUAACGUUUUACAAACUUUAAUCUUUGUAAAACGAUAUCAAUUACCAGGUCUCACCACGAAGAGGUGAGUACGCACGAGACACGCCCCGGGGUUUAUAAUAAAGCAUACAAUAUAUCCCAUUCAUCUUUCAUUACACCAUCGCGUUAACUAUAAGCUUAUCUCUCUCACAAUCAUAUAGUACAUACAGUACAUACAGUACAUAUAACUAUACAAAACAUAAAAUCCAUACAAUCAUAGAAUUCAUACAAAAAUUUGCAGACAUACCACAGCAUUUUGCACAGAGACCUGUUUAUUGAAUUCGGGACGAAAUUAGGAAUCCCUCAUCUCCUCUCUUCUUUCGUUCGUUGUUGCUAUUGUUACUCUGUUUAUUGCACUAGAUUCAAGUUUCCAAAUUUCUCAGUCAGUGUCCUAAAUCGAGGUUCGAUCUUUUAGAGGCAAUCAGUUUAGCACUAUCCCCAACGACACAGUGUAGUUCCGAAGAACCGUUGAGUCGGAUUACUAAGGACACUAGACUAGAAUCUCACCUCGUUUUUUCGGAGGAAGCAGCAGUUCCCCGAUAUGACACACUGACUGCAAAACUUGGAAAUUCAAAUCCAAUGCAAUGA